AUGGUAUCUUACUGGACAUUCUGUUUUCAAGGAGCAUCACAACUAGACUUUUCUUCAUGGUGCAUAGCUAUUCAGAGUUCAGCAGGAAGUCAAGGGAAUGCCUUGCAAGACCAGCAGCUCAGCAAAAAUGGCAUCCCCAUUAUUGUGAGCAGUUGUAUUUCAUUUAUCACUCAAUAUGGGUUACAGCAUGAAGGUAUUUAUCGGAAGAAUGGAGCAAAAUCUCGUAUCAAAAUUUUGAUGGAGGAGUUCCGACGAGAUGCAAGAAAUGUCAAGUUGCAUAUCAGUAACAAUUUCGUUGAAGAUGUCACAGAUGUGUUGAAGAGAUUUUUCCGGGAGCUUGAUGAUACUAUCUUCACUACACAUUUACAUCCCCAGUGGAAUGAGACCACAGAAAUUUCCCAGAAACCCCAGUGCCUGGAAAGAUACAAGGAGCUAAUGAACUGCUUGCCCCAUCUCAACCGCAGAACCUUGGCUGCUUUGAUUGGCCACUUGUAUCGGGUACAGAAAUGCGUCAAUCUCAAUCACAUGAGCACCAAGAACUUAGCUUUACUAUUUGCUCCCAGUCUCUUCCAGACAAAUGGAAAAGGGGAACAAGAAGUCAAGGUGAUAGAGGAUUUGAUUGACAACUAUGUUCAUAUUUUUAAUAUCGGUGAAGACCAGGUGUUACAAAUGGACUUGGAGAACAGUUUGAUUACUACCUGGCAGGAUGUGAAGCUCUCACAGGCUGGCGAUAUCAUCUUGGAAGUAUAUCUGGAGCAGAGGAAUCCUGACUAUUGUGUUACUCUUAAGGUUUCUCCCAAAAUGAGAGCAGAAGAACUAACAAAUCAAGUGCUUAAGAUGAGAAAUGUAACAGCUAGCCGAGAUCUUUGGCUGACCUUUGAAGUUUUAGAAAAUGGAGAGCUAGAGCAUCCUUUGCAUCCCAAGGAGAAAGUUCUAGAGCAGGCCCUGCAAUGGUGCAAGUUACCAAAACCCAGCUCUGCAUAUUUACUUGUGAAAAAGUUGUCCAUCGAGGAAGGAAGCUGUCUUUUCACAGAUACUAAACGUGAGAGCCCAAAAUAUGGUCUUUUGAAAUGCCGUGAGGAAUUGGCCAAGCUUCUGGGAAACAAAUUUCAGGAACGCUACUUUGUCAUCAAGGAUCAAAAGUUGCUUCUACUCAAAGAGAAACAGAGUGUCAAGCCACAGCGAGAGUGGCUACUGGAUACGGCCAAGGUUUACCUGGGGAUCCGAAAAAAACUGAAACCACCUUCACGAUGGGGGUUUACUCUAAUUCUUCAAAAACAGCAAUUGUAUUUAACAUGCACAGGGCAAUCGGAGUUAUGGGACUGGGUCACCAGCAUUCUGAAAGCUCAGCAUGACAGAAUCUGCCCAGUUCAUGUACGUCGACGCUCUUCUUCUGACUUGACUAAGCCUAAGUUUGGCACCAUGCCUCUGAUUUCCCUACAUGGAGACAGCAGUAAUCCAGUCAUGCUCUCUGUUAAUCAAACCUUGCCAAUGAAAAUGCAUCAAGAUACAGAACAGCAGGAGCCAGCUGAGUCAGAGCCUGUCUAUGAAGAGGUGGGCAGCUUUACAGACAUAGAUUUUCUGGAACCCAACCAUUCCCUAUUGCCUCCUAUGGAUCAGGCUAAGAAACCAAUUAGUUUUUCAGAUCAGAGCAGCAGACUGGGCUGCCUCAAGCAGUUUGCACUGGGCAAGGAAGAGGGCCAACAUACUGCACUUCCAACCCUCCAUCGGGAAAAUCCAACUGAAGUGGAGACUCGGGUCAGUGAGACAAAGAAAAGCUUCCAAACAUGA